AUGGCAGCGACGGUCGCCCGCAAGCGCUUUAACUGGGAAGAGGCCGUGCGGCACGACCGCGACCUCCAGCGCAUCGAUGCGCUCGUACAGCUGACGGUGUCCGCGUGUUCGGGCCACGUACCGCCGCGCGCUGAGGCUGUCCGCAGCGGCUCUCGGUACGCACCCGCGCCGCCAGCAGAUCCCGUCGCGGUCAAAGCAGAGCCGCACCCCGUGCCGGUCACGACGACGACGACGGCCAUCCCGAGCGUCAAUGGGUCUGUGCCUUUUGCACCGCAGUUUAUUGACCCGCGGGAGUACCAGAGCGAGUCGUCGAGUGAAAUGGACGCGCGAGAGGUGAACCCAAUGGACGACCUGAGCGAUUUUGAGUCGGAGACGCCGCUGCAGCCGACGGCGCUGGAACAAGUGCAGCCGAUAGACGUCGAGAUGGCGGAAACCGGACGAGACGAAGAGGAGCAGGCGAAGCUGACGGUGUGUGAAAUUUGCAGGAACUCGGACCGGGAGGACGCGAUCAUUCUAUGCGACGACUGCGACGCCGAGUUUCACAUUUCGUGUCUGGACCCGCCGCUGCCCGGGGUUCCGGAAGGAACGUGGUUUUGCCCCGCUUGCAGCGUCAAGCAUCCCAGUGUGUAUGCUAACAGGGUGAAGCAGGAACACCCGCAAACGGCUGCUGAUUAUGCAACCGGUACAAACGCUGCCAGCUACGCAGAGGUCGCUGCAUCUGCAGUCAGCGCAGGUUCAAGGGCGGCAACAGUGACAUCUUCGAGUGGACAAGCGCGUGAUGGUGGAAGCGCACUAGCGAACGGAGCAGGAGGAAAUAGUGACCCGACAUCGAUUCCUAUUGCGCAGGCGCUGGAAGGAGAUCCGAAGAAGAGCAAUGCGUUACUGAUCCACGCAUGUAAUUGCGACGAUUUACAGUGCUCAGAUCCUGAGCUGAGUGUUUUUUGCCCGCACAUGAAGCGCUUUCUGCGCAGUGUGUGCUGGGCGUCGCAUAGCGACCAGUGGCGCUCCUAUCGACUUGCACGGAUCACAGCCGAGCUGUUUGCAUACCAUGCAAUGAACUGCAAUGUUUUGCAGUGCAACGUACCACUUUGCGUCAAGAUCCGUGAAGAAGAGAUUGUCUAG